AUGUCGCUCUUCGAGCUGAAGCCACUCGAGCCGUACGAAUACUCGCCACUCUCUCCCGCCAAAAGGGCCUUUCGCUUGGUUCAGCUUCUGCCGCCAAAACCCUCCAUCAUCCCAGGCACCUUUGGCACCAUCCGCAUCAGAGUUCUAGAGGCUGAUAUCGACACAAGCGCUCGUUAUGAUGCUCUCUCGUACUCCUGGAACGUGCCGGCGGGGCAGGGAGAGCCAAAUCGGCAAGUCAUCGUCGAAACAGACAGCGGCUCCCGCAAGCUGUUCAUUUUUCCAGCACUCGAGAAUGCCCUCUUCCACUUGGGUACUCAGAACAUGACGGACCGCAUCUUUAUCGACCAAAUUAGCAUCAACCAAAAGGACAAGAACGAAAAGAGCCACCAAGUAUCGCUUAUGCAAGACAUUUAUAUGAACAGCGCCCGCACUCUCGUUUGGUUGGGUCCGUCUACUCGAGCAUCUGACCGGUACUUUGAUGUUGUCCGUCAAAUUUGCUCAGAAGGAGUGCUGAGCAGGGUUAUGGGACCUCGGGUCAGUCAAUUUAUGCACGUCUUUGAUGCCGUGAUGGAUCCAACAAUGCCGGUAAAUGAAGAACAGCGCGAAGACCGUGAUGAUCUGUUAGACUUGAUUGCAAGAUACGGAGAUCGUUUCCCACUGAGCGGCUUUGCCGAUGUACUUGAUCGAAACUGGUUCAACCGACUGUGGGUUAUCCAAGAGGCAUGCUUGGCACCAUCCGUCAUUUUCGUGUGCGGCAAGAAGUCUCUCUGCUUCGACUGCUUCCGAGCCAGCUCCCUAUUCUACAGUAUAUACAACACGCACUGGGUGCGCAAUUUAGACAAAGCAGUGCCCCAGCGUGUGCUUAGGGAGCGAGAUGCUCUCUUUGGAAAGAUGGGUGGGCUGAAUCGCAUUUUUCAAGAACGAAAGGCCAUUCAUCAAACAAUGAAACGACGGGGCUUGCACGACCUCAUUCUGAAGUACAACGUCAACCAUCAUCUUAUGAAAAUCGGGGCAACAUUGGAGCAGGACCGCAUUUUUGGCUUGUUGGGCCUCGCAGCAAUUGACGACGCUGUGAAAAGAAAGGUCCGCGUGGACUAUGACGCCCAAGUCGUGCAGAUGUACUCUGAGAUCGCGGAGAUACUUCUGCAAGAAAGCGUCGACAUUUUGCUGUUCAACCAGCAUCCCAGGAAAACCCAAGGCUUACCCUCUUGGGUGCCUGACUGGGCCAUGGAUCUGUCGAUACCCAUACGGUAUGUAGCUUUGGGAGAGCCAACAUCGAACGCCGGAGGACCCAUGGGGGAGGCUCCUAUUCGACUCGAGGGGUCGCAGCCGCGGAUUGCUAUCAAGGGCAUCCUUGUGGGCGAGAUUCAGGAGGUGGGACAAAGGCUGCAGCAGGCACAGCCCAAUACAAAAGUACAUGAGGAAAUCGAUUAUCGUUCGGCCAAGUUAUUCUUCGACGAAGCGUCAAGGUUCGCUCGACGGGCUGUUGGCACAGCUAGAAGAAGAGAUUUCUCUUUGUCCGCUGCAGAUGUGGAGCUUGGAAUGCAAUUGCGUUUGUGCGACUCCGGCCUUUCUUAUCGCCAUUUUACAGAAAGACUCGGCGCAGUUGCUGGCAUUGAAAGACUCCAAGCCCUGCAUAGCGCUUGUCAUAGCCUUGGAGAACGACUCAUCAGAUCAGACGAGACAAUUGCGUCGUAUCAUAUCACGCGCAUCUAUCGAACAAUAGGGAUCGUCCCCUGGUAUUGGCAACCAAUGUCUGAAAUGGAGAGUCUACGAACAUGGGCACUCAAUCCAGUCUUAGCUGGUCACAUUGCAGGUCGGGCUCUCCGAGAUUUCGUCGUGGACAUGACUGGUCUGUGUAUCGCUUCAGCAAGAGCUUGGUAUGCAUCAAAAGUCCUCGUAUACCGUCGGCGCUUUCAAAGGAUAAAGCUGCGGCCAGACCCUGGGAGCGUCGAAAAGCUCGGGCUCAGUGCAGACGCGGGCGACCGCAUUGUUAUAUUCCGUGGUGGAACAACACCACAUAUCCUGAGACUGCAGUAUGGUGGCAUUCAUGAGAUGAAGUAUGAGUAUCUUGGUGAGGCCUAUUGCGAUGGAUUCAUGGAUGGUGAGAUCUUUCAGCACGAGGCCAAACGGGAAGAGACAUUCGUGCUGGUCUGA